UUCUCACCGUUCGACUGCAUACAUGUGACGAUGGUGGCUGUUCUCAUAACGAAAGAAGCCCCGUCUCUACCAUACAGCCUGUGCGAAGCUUAAAUCAUUCGGCGAUGCAAUCGUGGCUCGUGCAGUUGCGAACUGGUGCCGAAUCGAGCACAGACACGCCGCGCCUUUUUCUUCUCGCUCGAACCGCUCGACCCGCCGCGUACGUAAAUAUUCCCUUCCGGUACAAUGUUUCGAUAGUCUCACGGUGAGGUGCCGGUUCAUCGUGUUCGCAUACGCCACUGGUAUCGAGAAAACGAAAUCGACGAAUCUCGAGAAUAUUGAUCGGUUCCCCAUGGAAUCGACCAGCUGGAUUUCUUCCUCGACGAGGGAAAUCCUUUUCCUCGGUGUUCGCGUUUUCUCUCGCCUGCAGAAGAUACCAUGUUUAGCAAUACACUAAGGAAAUAUUGCACAACUUUACAAGGAAAUUAUUAAUCCAUCGUUAGCAAGCAAUCAAACAAAAACCAGCCAGUUAACUGUUUACAGAGUUAAUACGUAUAUUUAAUGUAACGAUCUCUUUUAAUUUGCAAUUUUAAUGACUACUUGUUGUAUUUGUUUAAAAUAUGACCAGCCUUCGCACGCAUAUAGUGCAGCUUUAUAUCACGCAUACAGUUUUACAAUAACUAGUGAACUUUACCAUUAAAAUAGAAAGACAUAUAGAACUAUAAUACAAUAUCAUCCAAUAGCUACGAAAGUAAUUAGUGUAAAAACAAUCAUUGACUAGAUCCACGUGCACUGCCCGACUAAGGGUUCAAAUUUAACUAAAACGAUCAAUAGACUACUCCUUUUAUAAACCACGAAUAUUUGUACGAAAUUUAUACGCGAAACUAUCGUUUUGUAACAGCUACAAAUCUUUUUCUCGAUGACAUUUUCCAACGCUUUGUGACGGGGACCAAUGUAUAAAAAAUUCUUCGCCUUGAGUGACAUCCGUCUGCACACGACGAAUAGAUAAAAUAAUAAAAAUACGUUAGGAAAACUAUCGGCUCGUAUUAAAUAUAGAUCGAGCAAAUGCAUCGUGAAAAAGAAGUGACGAAUGUUUAGAGUAAAGCGUCGAACGAAUAAGACUUACAUAGUUCGCAUGAAAAUUCCUCGAUCCGUUGACACGGAUGCAAAAGAGAAAUACAAAAGUGCAUCGUUCUCUAAAAGCAUCAACGUUGAAGAAUGUAAUUCGCAUCGAGUCACGAGAAAUAGGGAGCCAAGGAAGCGUGCAUCUUCCGCUCGAAACUGCACACAGUGCGAGCUUACUGGAUAAAAAGGCAGGCAGAGGGAGAAAAGCAAAAUGCCAGGGGGAACUUCGACGCGAGAAAGCAGCGAGGCGAUCCGGAUGGAGCCUUUAGGUAGAACCUCGAGUUCGCGAAGUCCCGGGCAAAACGGAACCGCUAACACCACCACCGAGGUGCCGAUAAAUUCAGGAGACAGUAACACAGGAUUGCACAAACGUAGUAUUUACGAGCACAAUGGAAUUGUAUGUUCUCAAAAAAGGGCUCUCUGCGUAGCUACCGUUGUUUUUGCGAUCCUUUUCGCCAUAUCACUCAUCAUUGCCUUCGCGGGACCACAAAAUGACUGCCCUUGUGCUGGAGAGAAGCCACCCAAUCUGGAAAUUGAAGACGAUGAAAAAAGUAGCGAACCUCUUGCAACUAAUGGAGAGGUGUUUCCUUGGAAUAACGUGAGGCUACCUACGUUUGUGCAUCCUACUAGGUACAAUAUCACUAUCCAUCCAAAUCUUACCACCUUAGAAGUAAAAGGACAGGUCACAAUCGAAUUCUAUGUCGAUAAAGAGACCAACUAUAUCGUCUUCCAUAGUAAAAAUUUGACAAUAAAUGAGAAAAUGAUUCAGGACCGUAAAGGCCACAGAUUAAAAAUUGCAAAGUUACUGGAAUAUCCAAAACAUCAACAAUUGUAUUUAGAACUGGAAGAGAGUAAAUUUCGGAAGAGAGGGAAUUACACAGUACACUUGAGGUUUAUUUCGAAACUGACGAGUGAACUCGAAGGAUUUUAUCUUAGCAGCUAUGUCACCCCAGAAGGAGAAAAGAGGUACCUCGCCACGACUCAUUUCGAACCCACGUAUGCACGCUCGGCAUUCCCAUGCUUCGACGAACCACAAUUUAAGGCUAAAUUUAAGGUUUCGAUAUUUAGGGACAGAUUUCAUAUCGCGCUAUGCAAUAUGCCUGUGAUGAACACCGAGGAUGCUGGAUUUUACAUGGGCACCGGACUGCUUCGCGAUGAUUUUCAAGAAUCUGUAGAAAUGUCGACGUACCUGGUAGCUUUCGUGGUUUGUGACUUCAAACGAGUCUCCGAAUUGACCAAAAGGAAUAUUUCCGUGAGUGUUUAUGCAGCAGAGACGAUGCUUCCACAGGCAAAAUACGCGGUAACUACAGCUGCUCGUACAAUGGAUUACUUUGAAUCUUUUUUCGGGGUACAUUAUCCAUUGCCUAAACAAGACUUAAUAGCUAUUCCUGACUUUGCCGCUGGUGCAAUGGAAAACUGGGGCCUAAUCACGUACCGAGAAACAUCAAUACUUUAUGAUCCACAAGAGACAUCAACCAAUGCUCACGAGUGGGUCGCUAUAGUUGUCGCUCAUGAAUUAGCUCAUCAAUGGUUUGGUAAUCUCGUCACUAUGAAAUGGUGGAACGAUUUAUGGUUAAACGAAGGAGCGGCCAGUUUCUUCGAAUACAAAGGAGUGAAUCAUAUCUCACCUGAGUGGAGCAUGAUGGAUCAGUUUAUUUUAGACAAAACUCAACCAGCGCUUGAUCUCGAUGCUUUGGCAAGCAGCCAUCCCAUAAGUGUGCCGGUUAAAGAUCCAAAUGAAAUCGAAGCUAUAUUCGAUGAUAUCAGUUAUAGUAAGGGCGCCUCCAUACUCAACAUGCUUGAGGGGUUCUUGUGCGAAGAUGUUCUGAAAAGUGGAUUGAACGACUAUCUGAAUUCGCACGCGUAUGGAAAUGCAGACACGAAUGACCUCUGGGCGGUCUUUACAAAACAUACAAAUAAUACUUUUGACGUAAAAGCUAUUAUGGAUACAUGGACCCAACAAAUGGGUUUUCCUCUGAUUACGAUCACACGUAAUGGGAAUACCAUCACAGCAACUCAGAAGAGAUUUCUAAUUUCGCCAAAAGAAAACGAUACAGAAUUGCAAGAAUCAAAAUCGCCCUUUGACUACAAGUGGUAUGUCCCGUUGAGCUACUACACAGACAAAGAACCGCGCAAGCUUCACAACAUAUGGAUGAAUUUAACCGAUGUAACGUUCGAAAUACCUACCGACGUGGAAUACAUAAAGUGCAAUGUGAAUCAAAGUGGAUUUUACCGUGUAUCUUACCCGGAAGAGAUGUGGGCAUCAAUCAUCACUACAUUAUUGAAUAAUCACACCAAGUUUAGUCCAGCGGACCGUGCUAAUCUUAUUGACGAUGCGUUUACGCUUUCCGAAACAGGCGAAUUGAACGCUACCGUACCUCUUGAACUAUCUCUUUAUCUGUUAAAUGAGAGAGAUUAUGUGCCAUGGACUACUGCACUCGGAUAUUUACAUUCUUGGAAAGAUAGAUUAAGCGAAAGUCCCGGAUAUAAAAGAUAUAUCACAUUCUUAAAGCUUUUGUUAACUCCAGUUAUCAAAUACGUCGGUUGGGCAGACGAGGGAUCACAUUUGAAAAAGUUAUUAAGAAUUGCAGUGCUUCAAUCAGCUGUAUCAGUAAAAUUGGACGAUGUUGUAAAACCAGCGAAAAACCUUUUCGAAGACUGGAUGUUAAGAGGCAAACGAAUUGCCCCAAAUAUACGAGACGUCGUAUAUAUUGCAGGAAUCAAAUUUGGUGGUGAGAAAGAGUGGAAUCAUUGUUGGAAAAAUUAUCAAGAAACUCAGGUACCAAGCGAGAAACGAAUAAUGUUGCAAGCGUUAGGAGCGACGACAGAUUCUUGGUUGCUACAACGUUACCUUUUACGAUCGUUAAAUCGAGAUAUGGUGAGAUCACAAGACGUUGAAACUGUUAUAGCCUCUGUCGCUACCAAUCCCGAGGGUCAAUUCCUUGCAUGGCGUCAUCUCAAAGCUUACUGGCCUCAGAUACAUGUUUUAUUCGGAAACGGAUCGCUGACCAUGGGUAGUCUUAUAUCUGUUGUAAUUUCUGACUUUUUCACGGAAUACGACUACCACGAGGUUUCGGAAUUCUUUAAGGAAGUGGAUGUCGGAAGUGGUCGGGGAGCGUUAGAACAAAGCCUAGAAACAAUCAAGUUCAAUAUACAUUGGGUAAAACAUAAUGCAGAUGUCGUUGAUCGAUGGCUCAUAAAUUAUUUGGACAGUCACACGAGUUAACCCUUUGUUUAUCGGGAAUGGGACACGAAUGACGCGAAAUUAUCAUCCAUACAUUUGGUAACAAUACUUACGUUUUUCAUGGUGCUCAUCGAUACAUGAUAUCUUCGUGUGACACGAUAUAGUCUAAGAAAAAAGUAAGACGUUUGUUACUAUCCAGAAGGUAACCGUUUAUUUACCACUUAGUUAGGUAUAUAUAUAAUAAUUCGCAGAUCAAAAAUGACCCAUUUCCGUCGUACCCAUCAAAAGAUUCUUCUUAUCGAUUAAAAAUCAAUGAUCCUUCAACGGACGAAGGAUCGACCGAUACUUUGUCAAGUUGCAAGGCCUCUUGCACAAUAAUUUACCAAUUAAUAAUAUUAGUCAUUUGACAAUUUACAGGCUCUACGUUCUAAAUUAUUCCACAAUUUUACAAUUUAUUCGUCAAAUAGAAAAUGAUUUGUAAAAUUCACUCUUAACAUUUCAUUUCUUUUAUUAUCAAAUUUCUUAAUAUGAUACAAGAGAGUCUAUUAAUGAUAUUAUACAAUGGUUUGUACUUUGUGACUUGUAAAGUUGCACUAAUAUCAGUUCAAUGGUGUAGGAGUGCCAAGAAGUAUUAAACUCAUACCAAAGUUCGUACUAUCAGAUUUUUGUCCGUUGGAAGAAAUCUUUCGAUGAAUCGAAACAGAGCCGAAUUGUUUAUAUGUAACACAUUAUACACCGAUUUAUACGCACUUUCGAAAGUAUUUAUUUAUUAUACACGCAGUGCGUGCAGAUUGGAUUUAUUAUAUAUAAAUAGAGAAAAAGAGAGAGAGAGAGAGAGAGAGAGAUUAUAGCGAGGAGAGAACAACGUUGUUCCUAGGGUAGUCGCUAACCCGUCGAAUUUUUCCGGGAAGAAGAAAAGGGCUAACGACGUACGCCUACUAACGUUGACACUUUAGUCUCCCAAAUAAUACUAUACUUUAUUACAAGGAGUGACAGUUAGUAAUCUCCACGUGAUGCCCAAGCCCCAUCCCUGAUCCAUCCAGUACAGUAAUUCAACGGAAUGCUGAAGAUUUGACGAGAAACGCUACUUAACAUAUUUCACGAGUCAGCCCCAAGCUCUAUAUUAAAAGAAAGAGUAGCUAUAAAUACGAUCAGUAAUACAGAAUAAUAUUUUGGCCUGUGCUAGAGAACGUAAGAUUUUUAUUCCGUUUAACGUUUAUUGUAUAUAUACAAGUAUAAAGUUACAAGAUAUUUACAUGAUUAUUUUAUUGAUACAAAAUUUUUGUAGCGGUAAAUGUCAAUUGUACAGUCAGUAAAAAAAGAAAAAAUUAACGAAUUACAUUAUAAUAUGUAAUAUAAUCGAUGACGAUCAUUAGAAAUCCAUUUUUCGAUGAAACUCAGCUGCUCUUGUAAAGUAUAGUGUGAUUCGCUGUAAAUACAUAAAAAAGAAAAUCAAGGAACGACGUUAAAUUGCGUUAGUACUAAUCAAGUAAUUACAGAAAAUGCCCGAAACGAUUGUUACGAACAGUCAGUUAAUAUAAGUAGCAUAUCAAUAUUGGAGAAGUGUUCGACAGAUUAAUUCGGCCAAAUCUUUCGUCAAAACAGAAUUCUAGUUUCGUGGAAACGGUGAUCCGACAGAAAAGAUUUGGCCUCGAGAAAAAGAACAUAUUACGAGGAUUGUAUCGUCCCUCGGAAAUAAUCGCGAAAAAUUGAUGUACCGUGUGUGUCGUGUAUUUAUAUUACCGCAGAACACUGGAUGCGCGGGAUAUGUCUCGCGUGGAGCUGAUCAUUCUCCAUGUGACGUAGCAUAAUAGAGAAUCGGAUAUUUUAUUAUGAAAAAGUGUAUAAAUUUAUGUAUGUAAUCUUGUGAUGCUUUGUAUGGUAUGUACAUAUUAGCGUAAGAGAAUUGUGUGCUCUGUGUGGUCGGAUAUAUUUAAAAAAAAAGGUAUCUAGAUGCAUACAAAAUAUGUUAAUGCCAAAGUUAACUGCUGGCCUUUACAAAAAAAAAAAAGAAGAAGAAAAAGAAAUAUUCGUGUGAUUUUGGUAUGAUUCGUAAUCUUGAAAUGCUAAUGAGAUUGAAUUGAAAUUAACCACUGUUAAACGUUAGGUAUACAUUCGUCGUGUACUUACAUCACUUCCUACGUUCUUCUAAUUCUCUAUCGACAAUAAACAUAAAAUAUAAAACGAUAUAACAGGGAAAUAUUUAAAACAGAAAGAACGAUUUCGUUUACCACUAUUUCUAAUAAAUGAAAAAUCGAUUUAGCAUUUGAAGGUUAAAGCACCAAAAUCUAGAUAACUGUACAGAACGCGAUGAAAAAAAAAAAAAAUCAGAAAGUACCGAGGAUAUUUCGGUGCGGUGGUGUUAUAUGUAUAAUAUGUAUAGUACAGAAAGAACUAGGUUCAACGCAAAACAAAUUUUUAGCCCAAUCAGAAAAGAACUCGAGACACUCUGUAUACGUUUAGAUUUUACUCCACGAGAGCUAUUUUCUAUGCGUCUCUUAUCUUCCACUGCCCGUAUCCAAUGGUCGACCAGAUCUCACGAAUAUUCAAUUUUACGUGUUCUCAUCACUCUCGUUAAACAAUCAAAGCACUCGUUAUCUAACAAAGAGACAUUCACAAUAUAAUUAGUUAUUUCACUAUAAUUAGUUAGAGCACAUAGGACACGAUUGAUCUCUAUCCUUAAUCUACCAAUAAAAAAAAACUGCCGACGAUGCUUGCAAUUCGAAUCCCCCCGCGAACAAGAGAAAAGAAAGGAAUAGCAUUUUUUUCGAGGUUCAUGCCAUUUUUUACAUAUUUUCGAUCAGAGUACAAUUACUUGGAAUCCCGACGAGUAACGUUUCUUGGUAUAAAAUAUCGUCGAUUUUUAUCGGAUUAGGAUUUUCUGGCCGGAACUGUACACGCAUGUUUACAUUUAGAAAAAGGAAAAAAAAAAGAUUUAUGAAAAUAAAUGACUGCAUGGAUCGUUCAUCCCUUUAAGUAGAUUUUGAUACACUCCAACGGCGAAUUAAUGAAUCGACGCACAACUAGAUACCUUACAUGUAAAUAGCAUAUUUUUUCACUAACGGAUAUUCUCUCUUGUUAAAGAUUUAAACGGACGAAGUCGCUCCACGAUAUUUGCGAAAGCGUUCGGUUCGCCGGUUCGCCGGUUCGCCAUUUUCAGUACGAAGGGAGCACGAACCGAUUGGCCUACUUUACAACAUUCGUAUUAUAGCCGAAAGUACUUGUUUAAGAAGUAAUACGCAGUUCUCUCGCUUUCGUUUAAGAGCGAAAAUCGCACAGAUCGUCAUGUUCCUUUACAAAAAAUAUAGAUUUACGUCUAAUCGUAAGUGUAACUGUCAUGAAAGUCACGCACGAUUAUUAUUAUUUUAUCGAUUACUUUCCUCUUUUUAUCACUAAUUACAAAGGUCUAACAGUAUUAGAAAAAAAAAACCAUUCUUUACUGUGGUGUUAAGGAUUAUAUCGAAUAAUAACAAUAUAUAUUUGUUUUUCGAGUUUAAGAACGAUUUAAUAAAUAAUAAAAAAAAAAAAAUCGAAUCCACUAGACGCGGAGUAAACCGAUGCAAAAGUUCUACCGAAAGACUGGACAUCAGAAUAAUCAAGAAGAGUACAUACUUAUAUGUAUUUUAUGCAAUCACGACUCGAUAAUGUUAUGUCUUAAGAGAACGAGGCUGUCUUGCAUCUCAUAUUUAUGAAUGAAUUAUUGAUACAACUAUAUAUUGUAUACCGUUCUCUACUGUACUGUUGUCAUAGAUAUUUUGUUGUAUAAAAGAAUGCGAGAUAUGUACAAGCAUACAAAUGAAUAUAUUAUAUGUUUAAAAUAA